AUGUUUUACAAACAAAUUAUUCUAACUAUCUUAACAAUACUGGUCAUCUGUGUUUCGAUUGUGUGGACACAGUCUCUUCAACUUAACGAGGCAUUAGGCGUGGAUGAUGAUAAUUUAUUAACGUUAGGACUUAACACAACAGGAAAUGAUGACGACAUAUUGCCGUCUACGUCCACCAACGACGGCGAGAGUACUGCGGAUCCAACGUCUUUUACGACAACAGCUUCUCUUGGGAUUCCAAUAGACAACACGAACGAUGCUUCACAGCCUGUAACUACAUCAGAAAGCUCGAAUGACGGUACCGUGUCUGUAACGUCAACAGAUAGCUCAAAAGAUGACCCCCACCUUAUAACUACAACAGAAAGCUCAAACGACGCUACCGUGUCUGUAACGUCAUCAGACAGCUCAAAAGAUGACCCCUACCUUAUAACUACAACAGAAAGCUCAAACGACGGUACCGCGCCUAUAACGUCAUCAGACAGCUCAAAAGAUGACCCCCACCUUAUAACUACAACAGAAAGCUCAAACGACGACCUUGUGUCAGUAACUACAACAGACAGCUCAAAAGAUGACCAUCAACUUUGGACUACAACGGAUAAUUUAAACGAUAACCCAACUACUGAUCCUCUUAAUAUAUCUACGACGAACAGUUCUUUAAUUCUUACUACAGAUAAACAUGACGACGCAGUUUCUGAGACGCAUAAUAAUACGGAUUUUACAUCACGUUCGACGCCUUAUGUGUCCACUGUUGACAAAGAUGCGUUCACGACCAAAACGGACGCGUCUACUGUAUCUUCCACACACAUCUUCUCAUCCAGCCACGUGUCGUCCACGACAGCGACUCCAGACUCAACCACCGCAUUCCCAUUCUCCAACUCGACAUUUAUUUUGAGUUCCUCCUCCCCCUCCUCCGACUUCGUGACGGACGCAAUAGAAACCUGCGAAUUAUGCAACUCUAACGGCGCAUGCUCACAGAAUCAAUCGGAAUGCCUCUGUCUUCCUGGAUUCCUUGGUGACAGGUGCGAGUUUGUGGACAAUUGUGUCGUCAGUCCGUGCCCCGCAGGAAUGGAGUGCGUUCCGUUACCAAACCAGGAAUACGACUGUCGAGACGGUAAUUCAAACACCUCCGUAGAGCCAUCCUGUGCUUUCUGUAACAGAAAUGGAGACUGCAUCCAAACAAACGACACGGAUGUGUACUGCGACUGCUUCCCCCCGUAUCAAGGCCCCAGCUGUUGGGAUGUGGAGGAUUAUUGCCAGCUGGGGAUGUGUGGCCGCAGAGACAGUCACUGUUAUCCCAGCAAUACAGACAAAGGCUUCAUCUGCAGGAACAUGUUUACAUCCGCGGUCACUCUUCGGUACAAUGUUUCAUGUGACUACUGCUCAGAUAUCGGGAAUUGCAUCAUAACAAACAGCACAACAAGAUGUCAGUGUCCCUAUCCAUACUUUGGUGAGAGAUGUGAGAGGAAUGACCCUUGUCUGGCUGACCCAUGUGAUACAAAUGAAUCUUGUAUCCGAGUGGAGAAUUCCUCAAGGAUAUGUCUGCCAGCCACUGUAAACAAUUGUUCCCUUUGCAACUUCCAUGGAGACUGCUAUAAUGAUUCAAAUUCUCAAAACCAAGGUUGUCGCUGUAUUUUCCCAUAUCAUGGUGAGCGAUGUGAAAGGAAUUCAGGAUGUAACGAGAGUUGUGGAUUAGGCAGUACCUGUGUUCAGAUAGGACCUAAUCAAACACUGUGUGCCACCAAUGGGCAGGUAUUUCAGAACUGCAGCUGGGCUUGUGACAGAAGCUGUGAGUUUAAUCAGAUGCAGUUUCACUGUAUCUGUCCUCCAGGAUACCGACCAGAGGGCAGGAGGUGUGAGGAUGUGAAUGAAUGUCUGGAGGGGAACCACAACUGUUCUCAGUCACUUUGUCAAAAUCUCCCUGGAGGAUACCGCUGUGUGUGUCCAACAGGAUUUGUGUUUAGAAAUGGCAGCUGUGUUUGUCCAACAGGAUUUGUGGAUAGAAAUGGUAGCUGUGUUUGUCCAACAGGAUUUGUGGAUAGAAAUGGCAGCUGUGUUUGUCCAACAGGAUUUGUGGAUAGAAAAGGUAGUUGUGUUUGUCCAACAGGAUUUGUGGAUAGAAAUGGCAGUUGUGUUUGUCCAACAGGAUUUUUUUUAAGAAAUGGCAGCUGUGUAUGUCCAAUGGGAUUUGUGAAUAGGAAUGGUAGCUGUGUUUGUCCAGUAGGAUUUGUGGAUAGAAAUGGCAGUUGUGUUUGUCCAACAGGAUUUGUUUUAAGAAAUGGUACCUGUGUUUGUCCAACAGAAUUUGUGGAUAGAAAUGGCAGUUGUGUUUGUCCAACAGGAUUUGUGGAUAGAAAUGGUAGCUGUGUUUGUCCAACGGGGUUUGUGGAUAGAAAUGGUAGCUGUGUAUGUCCAUCAGGAUUUGUGGAUAGAAAUGGUAGCUGUGUAUGUCCAACAGGAUUUGUGAAUAGGAAUGGUAGCUGUGUUUGUCCAACAGGUUUUGAGUUCAAGAAUGGAAGUUGUGAACAAUUUGAUUUUUGUGAGUUUGAAAAACCAUGUAGCCAGAAUUGUACAAUGAUAAGUGGUAUUCAUAUCUGUAGUUGUUGGGAGGGGUAUGUAUUGUUAGAUGAUAAAGUUACUUGCAAUGAUACCAAUGAGUGUGAUGAUGGUACAGAUCAUGGAUGUUCACAGAAGUGUAUCAAUACACCUGGUAGUUUUAGAUGUGAUUGCAGACCUGGAUUUCAGCUUGAUCCAGAUGGCUAUUCCUGUUUAGACAUCGAUGAAUGUUCUUACCCAGACUUAAAUAACUGUACACAGAAAUGUGAAAAUACACCUGGAAACUUUACCUGUACAUGUCACAGUGGAUUUCAGCUAAGUAAGAAUGGCUUUUCCUGUGUAGAUAUAGAUGAAUGUUCUACAACAGCUUUGCAUAACUGCACUCAGAUAUGUCUGAACUCUAAUGGAAACUAUUCAUGCGAUUGUGAAACAGGAUAUCAACUUGGUGAAGACAGCUUCACUUGUACAGAUAUAAAUGAAUGUUCUAAUCCAUCUUUACACAACUGCACUCAGCAAUGUGUGAAUAAAAAUGGAAGCUAUAUGUGUGACUGUGACUCUGGUUAUACACUGGGAUUAGACAACAGAACUUGUCAGGACUUCAAUGAAUGUCAAGGUUUCUCUUCUCACAACUGCUCUCAAAAAUGUGUGAACCAAGAUGGAAGAUACAGCUGUGAGUGUUUCCAUGGAUACCAGUUGAAUUCUAAUGGCUACAGUUGUUUGGAUGUUAAUGAAUGUGAAGGUAGUCUGCAUAACUGUUCCCAGAAAUGUGUGAACAAAGAUGGGAGCUUUUACUGUGAAUGUUUCCCUGGGUACUCAUUAUCUGCUGAUGGAGUCACUUGUGUGGAUGUCGAUGAAUGUUCUGAGGGAUCAAAUAACUGUACAGAUUUGUGUACAAACACAAAUGGGUCUUUUUCAUGCGGUUGCUCUGAUGGUUUCUAUUUAGACAUUGACAAUGUCACAUGCAAAGAUGUUAAUGAAUGUGACAGCAAAGCAACAAGCAAUUGUUCUCAACUCUGUGAAAACAUUCGUGGUAGUUUCCUUUGCUCUUGUGUUGAAGGAUACACAAUGUCAACAGAUAAUAAAACUUGUGAUGACAUUGAUGAAUGUUUAAAUGAUGCUCUGAAUAAUUGCUCACACAAAUGUCUGAAUGAAGUUGGAAACUAUUCCUGUGAUUGUGAAACAGGAUAUGAACUUGGCAAAGAUGGCUUCUCUUGUAUGGAUAUUGAUGAAUGUUCCACCCCAGCUCUGCACAACUGCACUCAGCAAUGCGUGAAUAAAAAUGGGAGCUAUAUUUGUGAGUGUGACUCUGGUUAUACUCUGGGAUUAGACAACAGAACUUGUCAGGACUUCAAUGAAUGUCAAGGUUUCUUUUCUCACAACUGCUCUCAAAAAUGUGUGAACCAAGAUGGAAGAUACAGCUGUGAGUGUUUCCAUGGAUACCAGUUGGAUUCUAAUGGCUACAGUUGUUUGGAUGUUAAUGAAUGUGAAAGUGGUCUGCAUAACUGUUCCCAGAAAUGUGUGAACAAAGAUGGGAGCUUUUACUGUGAAUGUUACCAAGGUUAUUUCCUAUCUACUGAUGGCAUCAAUUGUUUGGAUGUUGAUGAAUGCAAAGACAGCGGAACUCAUAAUUGUUCACAGCUUUGUAUGAAUACAGUUGGAUCAUACCAGUGUGAAUGCUCUAGUGGUUUCUUUCUCUCUGUAGACAAUUCCACUUGUGAAGAUGUGAAUGAAUGUGAGCAGAAAGAGCUGAACAAUUGUUCUCAACUCUGUAUAAACAGACGUGGUGAAUAUGAUUGUUCAUGUAGUGAGGGAUACAUGUUAGGCAGUGAUAAUAGAACAUGUGAAGAUAUUAAUGAAUGUGAAAGUGACUUGUUGAACAAGUGUUCCCAAACAUGUCUGAAUGAAGUUGGAAACUAUUCCUGUGGUUGUGAAACAGGAUAUAAACUUGGCAAAGAUGGCUUCUCUUGUAUGGAUAUUGAUGAAUGUUCUACCCCAGAUCUGCACAACUGCACUCAGCAAUGUGUGAAUAAAAAUGGAAGCUAUAUUUGUGAUUGUGACACUGGUUAUACCCUGGGAUUAGACAACAGAACUUGUCAGGACUUCAAUGAAUGUCAAGGUUUCUCUUCUCACAACUGUUCUCAAAAAUGUGUGAACCAAGAUGGAAGAUACAGUUGUGAGUGUUUCCAUGGAUACCAGUUGGAUUCUAAUGGCUACAGUUGUUUGGAUGUUAAUGAAUGUGAAGGUAGUCUGCAUAACUGUUCCCAAAAGUGUUUGAACAAAGAUGGGAGCUUUUACUGUGAAUGUUUCCCUGGAUACUCAUUAUCUGCUGAUGGAGUCACUUGUGUGGAUGUUGAUGAAUGUUCUGAGGGAUCAAAUAACUGUACAGAUUUGUGUACAAACACAAAUGGGUCUUUUUCAUGCCGUUGCUCUGAUGGUUUCUAUUUAGACAUUGUCAAUGUCACAUGCAAAGAUGUUAAUGAAUGUGACAGCAAAGCAACAAACAAUUGUUCUCAACUUUGUGAAAACAUUCGUGGUAGUUUCCUUUGCUCUUGUGUUGAAGGAUACACAUUGUCAACAGAUAAUAAAACUUGUGAUGACAUUGAUGAAUGUUUAAAUGGUGAUCUGAACAAUUGCUCACACAAAUGUCUGAAUGAAGUUGGAAACUAUUCAUGUGAUUGUGAAUCAGGAUAUGAACUUGGCAAAGAUGGCUUCUCUUGUCUGGAUAUAGAUGAAUGUUCCACCCCAGCUCUGCACAACUGCACUCAGCAAUGCGUGAAUAAAAAUGGAAGCUAUAUUUGUGAGUGUGACUAUGGUUAUACACUGGGAUUAGACAACAGAACUUGUCAGGACUUCAAUGAAUGUCAAGGUUUCUCUUCUCACAACUGCUCUCAAAAAUGUGUGAACCAAGAUGGAAGAUACAGUUGUGAGUGUUUCCAUGGAUACCAGUUGGAUUCUAAUGGCUACACUUGUUUGGAUGUUAAUGAAUGUGAAGGUAGUCUGCAUAACUGUUCCCAAAAGUGUAUGAACAAAGAUGGGAGUUUUUACUGUGAAUGUCUCCCUGGGUAUUUAUUAUCUACUGAUAAAGUCACUUGUGUGGAUGUCGAUGAAUGUUCUGAGGGAGCAAAUAACUGUUCAGAUUUGUGUUUAAAUACAAAUGGGUCUUUUUCAUGUAAUUGUUCUGAUGGUUUCUAUUUAGACAUUGACAAUGUCACAUGCAAAGAUGUUAAUGAAUGUGACAGCAAAGCAACAAACAAUUGUUCUCAACUCUGUGAAAACAGUCGUGGUAGUUUCCUUUGCUCUUGUUUUGAUGGAUACACAAUAUCAACAGAUAAUUCAACUUGUGUUGAUAUCAAUGAAUGUUUAAAUGGUGAUCUGAAUAACUGCUCACACAAAUGUCUGAAUGAAGUUGGAAACUAUUCAUGUGAUUGUGAAUCAGGAUAUGAACUUGGCAAAGAUGGCCUCUCUUGUCUAGAUAUAGAUGAAUGUUCCACCCCAGCUCUGCACAACUGCACUCAGCAAUGUGUGAAUAAAAAUGGAAGCUAUAUUUGUGAGUGUGACUCUGGUUAUACUCUGGGAUUAGACAACAGAACUUGUCAGGACUUCAAUGAAUGCCAAGGUUUCUCCUCUCACAACUGCUCUCAAAAAUGUGUGAACCAAGAUGGAAGAUACAGUUGUGAGUGUUUCCAUGGAUACCAGUUGGAUUCUAAUGGCUACACUUGUUUGGAUGUUAAUGAAUGUGAAAGUGGUCUGCAUAACUGUUCCCAGAAAUGUGUGAACAAAGAUGGGAGUUUUUACUGUGAAUGUUUUUCUGGAUACUCAUUAUCUGCUGAUGGAGUCACUUGUGUGGAUGUUGAUGAAUGCAAGGACAGUGGAACUCAUAAUUGUUCACAGCUUUGUAUGAAUACAGUUGGAUCAUAUCAGUGUGAAUGCUCUAGUGGUUUCUUUCUCUCUGUAGACAAUUCCACUUGUGAAGAUGUGAAUGAAUGUGAGCAGAAAGAGCUAAACAAUUGUUCUCAACUCUGUAUAAACAGACAUGGUAAAUAUGAUUGUUCAUGUAGUGAGGGAUAUAUGUUAGGCAGUGAUAAUAGAACAUGUGAAGAUAUCAAUGAAUGUGAAAGUGACCUGUUGAGCAGGUGUUCCCAAAAAUGUCUGAAUGAAGUUGGAAACUAUUCCUGUGGUUGUGAAACAGGAUAUGAACUUGGCAAAGAUGGCCUCUCUUGUCUGGAUAUAGAUGAAUGUUCCAACCCAGCUCUGCACAACUGCACUCAGCAAUGUGUGAAUAAAAAUGGAAGCUAUAUUUGUGACUGUGACUCUGGUUAUACUCUGGGAUUAGACAACAGAACUUGUCAGGACUUCAAUGAAUGCCAAGGUUUCUCCUCUCACAACUGCUCUCAAAAAUGUGUGAACCAAGAUGGAAGAUACAGCUGUGAGUGUUUCCAUGGAUACCAGUUGGAUUCUAAUGGCUACACUUGUUUGGAUGUUAAUGAAUGUGAAGAUGGUCUGCAUAACUGCUCCCAAAAGUGUUUGAACAAAGAUGGGAGCUUUUACUGUGAAUGUUUCCCUGGAUACUCAUUAUCUUCUGAUGGAGUCACUUGUUUGGAUAUUGAUGAAUGUAAUGCCAAAAAUACUCAUAAUUGUUCACAAAUUUGUGAGAAUAAUAAAGGAUCUUAUAUUUGUAAAUGCCGUGAGGGAUUCUCUCUGAGUACAGAUAAUGCCACAUGUGAAGAUGUGAAUGAAUGUGAUCAAAAGGAAACCAAUGAUUGUUCACAGAUAUGUCAGAACAGUGAUGGAGGAUUUAAUUGUUCCUGUAGAGAUGGUUUCACUCUUAUAAAGGAUGGGAAGACGUGUGUUGACAUUGAUGAGUGCACCAGCAGGAACGCCAAUGACUGUGACCAGAACUGUACCAACAUCGUAGGAGGCUAUACAUGUAGCUGCCUUCCUGGUUAUCGACUGACCUCAGACAAUGUCACAUGUACGGACAUCAAUGAAUGUGACACAAAGGAACUGAACUCCUGUGAGCACCAAUGCAAUAAUUCAGUGGGAAGUUACACCUGUGCUUGCUCCUCUGGAUUUUCACUGAAAGAUGACCUGAGAGGUUGCCAGGAUAUUGAUGAAUGUAAAGGCUUGCAUGGCUGCUCCCAGGGCUGUGUUAACAAUAUAGGUUCUUAUUAUUGUGUGUGUGACCAGGGCUUUAAUCUGGAACCAGACAACAGAACCUGUGUGGAUUUUAAUGAAUGCACCAACCAGACCCAGAACAUUUGUGACCAGGAUUGUCUAAACACCAGGGGGAGCUUUGAGUGUAGCUGUAGAACCGGCUUCUGGCUGGGCCCCGACAAGAAAUCCUGUCUCGACAUCAAUGAAUGUGCAGAUAAAUUCAGGAACAACUGUAGCCAGGUGUGUGUGAAUGCAGAAGGCAACUUUUCCUGUUCCUGCCAAAGUGGCUUCAGUCUUCUGGAGGAUGGUGUGUCCUGUUUGGAUGUAGAUGAAUGUCUCGAUAAGAAACUCUGUAAUGGCUCCUGUGUCAACACAGAAGGUGCUUACAUCUGUAACUGUCCACAGGGCUAUGAGGAGAGAGAUAGACUCUGUAAAGAUAUUGAUGAAUGUGCAGAUCCAAAGUUAAAUGACUGUGUUCAGAGUUGCAGUAACACUGUAGGGAGAUACCAGUGCCAGUGCUGGGAGGGCUAUAAUGAGAAGGAUGGUCAGUGUAGGCUUAUAUACACUGACGAUCUAGAAACCAAGUUCACAACCUUUGUGGUGUCAAUCAAGAUCCGAUCACAAGAAUGGCAGGAGAAUCUGUUGAACCCUAGAUCUAAUAUCUCCAAACAGGUGGCAGCACAGGUCAAGGGAAAUAUGUCCCAGGAAUUAACCUCAGCAGGAAUCCAGUAUAGAGAAAUCCAGGUGGUGGGGUUCAGAGCAGAGAAUUCUGAAGACAGGAAGGGGAGUACUAUAGCAGACGUAUUGAUACUGCAGGAUGUCAAGGUCAAAUCCCUACCAGCCAUGGAGGUCUUAGAUAAAGCCAUACAAAGUGGGAAUUUGGGGGGACUUCUGGUGGAGCCCUCAUUUUUUGUUGCCAGAGAUGGAGUGGGCUACAUCAAAGGAAUCAAGAUGUAUAAACCAGACAACUACAUGAUCCUGGGUAACCAUGUGACAAUCUCCUGUCUGGUGUCGGCCGUAUCCAUGGAUGGAGCUUUACAGAUACGCUGGAGAAUUAACGGGCGACUAGUAAAGCCGCUGGCCAAUUCCCGAAUUCAGACAACACAGAUCAACAGAGACAGUUAUGACCCGACUCUGUACACCAGUAACCUGAUCAUUAAUGGAAUAAAAAAGGUGGACACAGAGGGCAAAGUUGAAUGUGUUGCAGUUGUUGGUAAGGAGACGCUAAGUAACGACACCACCAUAAAUAUUUACACGGUGAAUAUGACGGCGCCACAGUCCGCAGUGCUGAGAGGGAGCCCCGCCCAGAUCACGUGUACCAUCACACCCACCCCUCCCGCCAAUGAUGUCCUUACCCUGGUGUGGUGUCAGAAUGGGGGGACACUCUCCUCCUCCACUCAUAAUGAGUACCAGAUCUCCCCAGAUUCCCAUUACUCAGAGACCAUUAACAUUGUGUCAGCCCAGCACUCCGAGUCCUAUAGCUGUGGAGUGAGAUAUGUAAAGUCCCAGGACAGGACAUGUUCUCAGACUGUCCAACUCAAUGUGUAUAGCUCAGCUAACUUGGUAUGUCCUAAGCAGGAGUUAGAUGGAACAGUAUGGGAAGCAGUUUAUGCCACUUUGUCUGACUACAAGCCGUGCCCUGUAGGCUACAUAGGUAUGAUGAAGCGGCGGUGUGGAGCAGAUGGACGGUGGGAGGAUCCAGAUGAUUCUAUGUGUGUAAAGGACAGUCUAAUCAGCAUCUUUGUUGAGGUGACCCAGGUGCGGGACGGUUACGACACAAACAACAUCACAGGUGUGCUAAAGGACUUCUCCGAGGAGACGGCCCGAAUCACCAGCGACAAAAACAUCACGUCAGGUGACCUGGAUACCAGUGUUGACAUCAUCUCCAAGGUAGCGGCAAUCUCCGCGGGCAGGGAUGACCUAGUUACGGAGUCAGAUACACAGGAAUUCCUGUUUUCUGUAAAUAAUGUUCUAAAGGAAGACAUCAAACCAGUGUGGGAUAAUUUACAAACCAGGAGGGGUAAGAACAAAGCCGCAGAACUGAUGGAUGCAGUGCACGAGUUUGGAAACAGUGUUACAAAGAGACUUCCCAAAGGAGAAACAAAGACUUUAGCCCAAAAGAACAUAGUUGUUGAGUAUAAGAAGUCAGCAUUAGAAGACAUCACCUUUCCUGCCUCCAGACUAAACCCCAACACAGAGUUUAAAGGAAUUAUAGAGCUGAAGGAGAGAACACUAAGGAGAAUUGUGUCAGAAAAUGACACAGUGGACUAUGCAGCAACAUAUUACAAAACAUUAUCAGAUUUGUUCCCAAAAAAGGCCUCACAAAACAGCAACUUGAUAAAUACAGACAUCAUUGCAUUUUCCCUUGCCAGUGGAGAAACAGAAAAGCUAGAUCCACCUCUGAAACUUGAGUUUGUACUACAACAGGAUAUUGGAGAUGAAAAUGCAAUAUGCAGUUACUGGGAUUUUAAUCAAAGUGCGUGGUCAGACCGAGGCUGCUACACCGUUUUUAGAAACGCUACCCGGGUCACCUGUCAUUGUAAUCACAUGACCAACUUUGCUGUUCUGAUGAGUUCUGUAGAAGUGUCUGAGUCUGAGAAUGACAUACUUGGUCUAAUCUCCAUCAUUGGUUGUACAAUCUCCAUUGCUGGACUCCUGGCUACAGCAGUUUGUCAUCUCAUGUUUUGGAGGUAUGUAAAAUCAGACAAGAGUAAGAUUCUGCUGAACCUCUGCUUGGCCCUAACAAUAGCUCUGACCAUCUUCAUCCUUGGUGUGGAACAGACUCAGAACAAGAUCCUGUGUACAGCUAUAGCUGUCCUUCUGCAGUACUUUUUCUUGGUGGCAUUCUUCCUAAUGCUGGCAGAAGGAAUCACCAUAGCUGUGUCGGUCAUUCUGGUCUUUUGGAGCAACUCCAAGGUCAAGGUCCUUCUGCCUCUAGCUUGGGGGAUACCAUUGGUCAUUGUUGGCAUAUCUAUGGGGGCCACAGAACUACAGGGAUAUGGCAAUGACAAAUUCUGCUGGCUGACCAUUGAAGAAGGAGUUAUUUAUGCCUUUGUGAUUCCAGCUUCUGUUAUUAUUGUGGUAAAUUUGAUAAUAACUGCCAUAGUACUAAGGGCACUGUUUUCUACCAGGGCCGUAAUGAGUAAAUCACAUCAGGACAAAGUCAGGGCUGGUGUGCGCAGUGUAGCAGUUCUGGCCCCUAUCCUAGGGAUUUCAUGGAUUUUUGGAAUUUUGUCUGUAAACUCUAGUACCAUCAUAUUUCAGUACCUGUUCACUAUAUUCAACUCUUUACAGGGUUUCUUUAUAUUUUUAUUCCACUGUGUGCUGAAUAGAUCAAUUUCGGAUGUGAUAAGAAGAAAAUGCCGGUGUCUUCGGAGUUAUGAUGAAUCUUCUUCAAAGAUCAAAAAUAAAAGUGAAACCAGUAAUAAGUAUUCUACAGCAAAUCCAUUGUCAAAUUGCACAAGGUCAUCACAACUUUCAAAUACUAGUUCAGGCUACUCUAAUGGUAAUCACAAGAAUGGCAGUCACUUUACAAAUAAAGCCUUCACCAAUGACCAAGACACAGCUCAUACUAAAACAUCAGGUGUCAGUGAGAAGAAUGUUCAACUCUCUGUCAGCCCAGACCUCAGUGAAAAGAGACAAAACAGUCCCACAGGAAGUGUCAAAAGUGACCUGCUCUUUGUACAGUGGGCUGAUGAACAUAAACGAUCUAUAGCAUUCAACCCUUCCCCUGUAGGGAGCAUCAAAUCAGCUAAAGCUCCUUAUUCUGCCCCAUUCAAGUAAAUCUUCAGUGGAUGCUGAAAAACCACAGGGUCUACAGCUCAUAAUGGCAUGCUAGGACCUAUACUUGGGAGAAACGGUCUAAGGUCCAAAAUUCAGUUGGCAUCAUACAAUUAUAGCACUUAAUUUCCAAAACAAGAAUUCAUCAAGAAAGUUUAUUAAGGGAUUCUGACAAUGCAUCCUGCACACAUAAACAAGAAUGGCAGAUUGCUGAGCUUUCAUUGUUAGUUUGUUUAAUACUGACCAAAUUACAUAGCCAUGGCGUGCAAAAUGUAAUUGAUUUGUUAUGCAUCAAAUGUCUUUCAUGAAAUAAUUAUUUUGUUUUAUAACAGUAUUUAUAGAAU